AUGGAGGUUGCAUGCAGCCUUUGGAAUCAUCGAUAUACUAUUGUUCUAGAACAGUGUAGCAUCCUAGCUAAGGACAUUAAGGAAAGUCUAGAGAGGAUGGCCUCGUUGGAGUAG